UUUUUUUUAUAUGAUGACAUAUGGAAAUAUUUGAGAGCUUUCAAAUAUCAUAUGAACUUCUGAAUUUGAUAAUAAUUUCAUAAUUUUUGUGAUCGUUUUGGUAUAAUCAUAAAUUAUAAUAUCCUGAUGUCUAUACAAUACAUUAUGAAUGCAAAAAUUUACAAAGAUCUGAUGUCAACAGCUAUACUCAUAGCUUUAUUAACUUAUUUUCUAAUACCAUUGGCUUUUAAAUACUAUAUUCCUCUUUCAAGAAGAUUGAUCUUUUUAAAUACAAUACAUUGGCCUCCCUUUGUAAAUUUUAACUUUCCUGAUAAAUUAGGUUUAUUAGGGACACAAAAUUAUAAUAUUAAUGUUGGACAAAAUAUUACUAUAGGAUUAUGGCACACAUUACCAGAGGACAUGUUACCUUUAUAUAAAAAAGAUACCCACUCCUAUAAUUAUUUAAACUCUGGUCAUCCUAUUAUUUUAUAUUUACAUGGAAAUGCUGGAACAAGAGCUGGAUGGCAUCGUAUUAUGUUAUAUAAAAUUCUCUCAAAAAUGAAUUUUCAUAUUAUAUCAUUUGAUUACAGAGGUUUUGGGGAUUCUAUUGGUACCCCAACAGAAAAGGGUGUUCUAGAUGAUGCAAAAUAUGUAUAUAGUUGGAUUAAACAUCAUAGUGGAAAUAAUCCAAUAAUAUUGUGGGGACAUUCACUGGGGAGUGGUGUUACAACUAAAUUAGCAAGAUUUCUUAAUGAUAAUGAAGCUUACAAACCAGCAGCUGUUAUAUUAGAGGCACCUUUUACAAAUAUUGAAGAAGCAGCUUCAAGGCAUCCAUUUAGUAGAAUAUACAGAUAUUUCCCUUGGUUUACCGGCUGUUUUUUGGAGCCUCUUCGACGUAACAAGAUAUAUUUUAAGAGCGACAUUAAUGUUAAAUAUAUCGACAGUCCCUUGUUGAUCAUGCACGCUAAAGAUGAUAACGUUGUACCUUACGAGUUGGGAUAUAAAUUACAUCAAAUCGCGAAGGAAAGUAAAAAGGAUUCGAAUAUUCCGGUAAUAUUCUCGAGUUUUGAAGCAAAACUAAAGCUCGGUCAUAAGCAUAUUCACUCAGCUCCCGACUUACCAGAUAUUAUAAGGAAGUUUAUGGACACCCACGUUCUAAAUAAAAUAAAGGGAUAUUAGAAAUGAUUCUACAAAGAUUAACAAAUCAAAAAAUAAUAUGGACUAUCACUGUUUAUAUUUGUAGGCAAUCGUGGUCAAUUUUUUUUUAAAUCCAUAUAUUUAUAUGAUAUCUGAAAUUCUUUCAUUAUUUCUAACUUAUUUAAUGAUUUUUAAAUAUUAUGUAAUAAUAAAAUUAAUAUUUUAUAACUAAUAUAAGAAAUAUUUUUAAAUAUUAUAUGGGUAUAUUAUUUAAUUUAUAACAAUUAUGAUAUCAUUCUUUUUUUUAAUUACAUACGAUUCUAUUUUAUCCUAAUUUAACUAGAGAAAAUUUGGCUCAUUAUUCACUUUUUAAACUAUAUCAAAUGCGAUUUUGUAUUAUAAUUUUUUUUAAAAAAAAUUGAAAUAUCCUAUAUAAAAUACGCGGAUAAUAGAGGAAGAGAUGAAUAAACUACUUAUUUUUUUUAAUGUUUAUUUUUAAGAACUCAAAUAUAUAAUAUAUAUUUGCCACUAUAUGCUUUCAUUCAAUAUAUCCAAAUUUAGAAAAUGUAUUAUAAAACCUCACUUCAGUCAUGAAAAUGUAUAUUUAACUUUUUAAUGUUUUUAUAUAUAUAUAUAUAUUAAUAUUGUUAUUUAUAAAUUAAUAUUGUUAUUUAUAAAUUAAUA